AUGGUUAGUGGAAAAACUUUUGAUUCCAUUCCAGAUGAGCUCAUUCUCGAGAUAUUCUCGAGAUUGUCUACAAAAACAAUUGCUAGGUGCCGCUGCGUGUCGAAGCGGUGGAAGUCCUCGGCUCUCAUCAGGUCAGGAUUUCACCAUGAGGAUUUCACCGAGUUAACUCGUCCACGUCUCUUAAUUGGAGUAAAAAAAGAAGGUGAGUGGAGCUUUUACUCAACUCUUCAGCCUCAGCCUCAGAAUUCAUAUGAGAAGUCGUCUUCUCCCGUAGUAGCCGCCACCGAGUUUCAUUCCAAGUUCUCUAAAGGCAUAAGCGAAUACAAUUGUAGCUAUGCCUCUGGCUUGAUCUAUUUCCAUAAUAUGCGCAUCCCAAGGGAAGAUAAAGAUGUAAAGCGUGUGAUAUGUAACCCUCUCACAGGACAGUAUGUGAUUUUACCUGAACUUAGAGGUGUUUCGUAUAGCUAUUUAGGGUUUGAUCCGAUUGACAAGGAAUUCAAGGUAUUGUUCAUGACUAAUCCUGAAUAUAUAGCUUCUAGUGGUGCAGAUCAUUAUAUCUUGACACUAGGAACUGGGGAAUUGAGGUGGAGGAAGAUCAAAUGUCCUUUUACACAUGAGCCUUUUUGGGAAAGGAUUUGCAUCGAUGGUGUUUUGUAUUACUCAGCUCAUGUUGAUUAUGAUGGUGGAAGAAGUUCUCAUGUGAUAGUUUGCUUUGAUGUUAGGUCUGAGGCAUUCAAGCUCCUUGACCUGAAUCGCCGUUUCGAUGGGAUGAUAAACUAUAAGGGGAAAUUAUGUGGGAUUUAUUUGGAUUAUGCAAAUGAUGGUGGAUUUCCCGUUAAGUUGAGUAUGAGGGUUCUAGAGGAUGUCGAGAAGCCUGAAUGGUCCAACUAUGUCUACUCUUUUUCGGCUCAGAAUGAAGUUGUCAAGGUCAACUAUGUCUACACACUUAAUCUAUCCGCUGUUGGGGUGACUGCUUCUGGUGAAAUUGUUUUGUCGACGAAUUCUACGUCUAAUCCAUUUUAUGUUUUCUACUUCAAUCCCGAAAGGAACACUCUCCAGAGUGUUGAAAUCCAAGGUGUUGGAGGAGCUAACUGCGAAAAUAUUAAGUGUGCAGACUAUGUAGAGGGUCUUAUUGUUAAUGAUGCAAUGCAACUCAAGUCAAGCCCUUUACAACUAGAAGGCGAAAAUAUAGUUCCCAAAAGGCCAGAACCAGAACGACGUAGGCAUACAUCUGCUGACCUCUCCAAGUCUUUUCAAUCUGUGAAGAGCAAGGAGCCUAACAACUCUAUCAUUCUGCUGGCUUUGAGUUAA